UUGGCUCAUAGGAUCCCCAGCGAUUGGGAAUGCACUGAGCCCAGCAGGGAGGAACAGCCCCUGUCCCAGUGUCAGGGGGCGGACUGUGCUACCCCCCACCCCUCAGUAACACAGGCAGCAAACCCUCACAGUGAGCGAGAGAGAGAGACUCAUCAACCUGUGGUUAAAGGGAGCGGUGUGUGAAAGAGGCGAGAAAGGAGAGAGAGAGAGGGAGGGAGAAGGCGAUGGGGAAGUUGGCUCUGUGCUGGGGGGCGCUGGCCCUCACCGCGUGCCUGCAGGGGGUCUCCGCUGGCUGCUAUCACCGAGAAAACCCCAAAUGUUGUACCGGCAGGGAUAACCGGUGCCAGGAGCGGACCGGGAGGAGGACACUGUGCUACUGCGACGCUUACUGUCAGAAAACAGGAGACUGUUGUGAAGAUUACCCCACGGUGUGUCAGAUAUCUGCUAUUGACUGUAUGGUGGGGCCCUGGGGUCACUGGACGGAGUGCAGUUCGCAGUGUGGCUUAGGGAGCCGUGACAGAGGACGCUUAGUCACCAUCCCACCCAGAAACGGAGGGACACCCUGUCCUGACUUGAAGCAACGACGGGGCUGCUAUGGUCACAACCCUGAUGGAUGUCACUCAGUUAAAGGUAACGCACUCUACUGUGCUUAUUUCCGAAUGAAGCAGGUCAGUCCCUCCUGCCGACUUGGGCUACGGACUAGCCAACUGUUCCGGGAGAAAUACGUGUGUGUGGAGUGCCAAGGAGAAGCCAUGGGGAUCAGAGAUCGUUGUGAAGGUGAUGGGCUGGAAGGAACCAGAACGUUCUGGAUAGCGGCCUCCAAUGCUGCCUGCCACGGAUCAUGGGUACGUGAAUCUCUACGUGAAACUUGUCGCUGUCCCCCCCAGUCGCUGAUCUUCGUUUAAUGCUGUUCUGGAUCUGACACAUAACCCCAAAGGGCAACAGAAGUCAGCUUUGGGGACCCACAGAGAGGAGGGCCUGUGCAGUGCUAUUGUGACUCGCUGGACUCCAUCAUUUGGCAAUAAGAUGGGAGACUUGUAAAAAAAAAGACUGAAGGAGAGACUAUAUAACCUUGCUGCAUGCUAUUUACCUCAAUAUCCUUCCACGUAAGCACAUGCAGAGUCUUAUAACCUCACAACUGAACAAUGAAACUCUCAAAGCACAAAGAGAACAGCUAAGAACCUUUAAACCUUUUACCUCUGAAACUCUGCUGAAAGCUACCUCCAUAAACACACUUGCGUUUAUUAAAAAAACCAAAAAAAAUCUACUAUUUUCUACUAUUUGUCAAGUUUUGUUUUUAAUUGUCUAUCCAUAUGCUAUGUAACUGGGAACAGCAAAAAUGGGAAUGUUUAGAU